UUGAUGGCUUCCUGAUUCGGUAGAGAAGUAUUGAGUUAGAUAUUUUUAAAUAAGAAUGGCAGGAAAUAAUAUAAAAAAAUCAAAUAUGAAUGAUAAAAAUUCUGUAACUCCAUUUGAAUUGACUUAUAAGCAUUUUAACACACAUUUAUAUCUUGCACAUGAAGAAUUAGAUAUUUUACUUCAAAGUGAAUCACCGUAUGAUGAAGCCAAAGUAAUGGAAGAAAGGCAAAUGGCUAUUCGUGUUGUAUCAAGACUUUAUGUGAAAUAUAUACAAAUAACCAACCAACUUAUUAAAUGUUACGAGAAUUUAGCUAACCCCCAGAAACGGUUGUACCUCAGGAAAAUGUGCGAUUGUUGCAUAGGGAGGAUCUUGGAACUAAAGCAUUUGUUGGCGGAUUGGGAAAUUUCUGACUUCCAUUAUUUAGAUCAAACAGCUCUCGGCUUAAGGCUAUUUCCUCAAGAGCUGGAUGUAAAAAUUCCUGAGUAUUUUGCAGAUGGAGAAACAAAAGUAGAGCAACAACGCAAGGGAAUCGUUGAAAAGUAUCUUGCAGUUCGCAAAAAAGAAGUUCUUGAUAAAAUAGCUGUAACUAGAGAACAGAAAAUGGUUAGAUUGGCAAUGGUUUAUAUCAGAAUGAUUCAGGACCAUGAAAGAGCACGGCAGGCCAGGGAAUAUUUUUAUAAAACUCAAAAACAAUACUUGCAAGAAGAAUUGAAUAAAAAAAUGGAAAGCAGGAAAUCAGUGACAUUCAAACUAACAAGAGUGGAAUCGGCUGCUGUGAUUCAGAGGGCUUGGAGGAAAUAUCGCUCUCGAAAAGUGCUGGAUUCCGAUUAUGAACUUGAAAUGAAAUUUUUGAAAAUGGCUCCAUCUGAUAGGAACAAGGAAGAUAUAGUUGGCAUUAUUGAAAGAGAUCGGAAACUGGUUAUAAAAAAGACAGAGGAGGAAUAUUUUAAGAAAAAAGAAGAGAUAAAGCAGGACAUGUUGUUGUAUGAAGCUCCAAGAUUGAUAGAACAACUAGAAGAAACUAUUCGAGAUUAUUUUCACGAAUAUAAAGAUAUAAAUGGAACAUAUCCAGAUUUUCCAACUGAAGAGGAGGGUGGCUCCGAAACUAUGUUAGCUAUUCCACCCGAGGGAUUUCCUGAGCCCCCUGAAGAAACUGAACCUGAGCCUAAGGAUAAAAGUUCAAAAAGCGAUAAAACAGACAAGAGCAGCAAGAAAUCGAAAGAUGAGGAUGACGAACCUGAAGUUUAUACAUUGGAGCCUUCGAAAUAUCUGCCCGACAUGAUAAAUCUCAUGGAAGCAUUCCAUGAAACAUGGCCAAAUAAAACUAUUGCAAAUCUCGAUAAGUUUGAUAUAAAUGUUUUGAAUGACGAGGUAGUAAAAGAAGUAGAUCAUGAAAUCCGUUUGCAAGUGGAUGAAAAAAUGAGAGGAGAAUUGCAGCGUCUUUCUGAUGCUAUGAAGAAGGACUCUAAGAAGAAAAAGAAGAAAUCGAAAAAGAAGGGGAAGAAGAAGAAGGGAAAAAUUGAAAAAGAUUUAACUCCUGACAGGACGUUGGAAUCUCUUGUCGAAGAACUAGUUCAGCAAAAUAUUAUUCGUGACUAUCCCAAGCACCAUUUGAAUGAAUUCAUAGGUGAAUACAAUCUAUCUGGCUCAAUUAAGCAAUUCUUAAAAGAUCAAGAAAAUGAACCAUUACCCUGCUUAGCUGACAUAAGAAGAGUCGUGAACGAAUAUUGUAUUUUGCCCAUGGGAUCUGACGCAAUCCACAACGGUGGGGCUUAUAUAAAGUCUAUUUUACUUGCUGGCCCACAGGGCUCUGGAAAAACACUUUUAGUUCAUUCAAUUUGUACAGAAGUAGGUGCAAUGCUAAUGGAUUUGUCCGCUGAAAACAUUGAGGGGAAAUACCCUGGAGAAAAUGGCCUAGAAAUGCUUUUGCAUUUAGUCUUGAAAGUCGGUAGGCUUUUGCAACCAACGGUAAUUUACAUCAAGGAUGCCGAAAACUAUUUUUGGAAGAAAAAGCCUUCCAAGUGCCCCUUGUCUGAACCUGGUAGAUUGAAGAAAGAGCUUCCAAAACUAUUAAAGAAAAUCAAACAUGCUGACAGAAUAUUGGUUUGCGGGACAAGUAAUUCCCCAUUCGAUGCUGAUGUGAAAGGUUUAUCUAAAAGUUAUUCUAAAAUCAUUUGUAUUUUAAAGCCAGAUUAUGAUUGCAGGGUGCGUUUGUGGAGAGAGUUUAUUUCUAAAUCAGUUGCAGGAGUAAUGAAGAAGCUAGAGUUCAGUGUUCUCGGUAGUAUAUCUGAUGGUUUUGUUGCCUCGCACAUACACGAUACCGUAUCCCAAGUUCUGACACGUCGCAGGUUAAAUUCUCUGAAAAAUAUACCUUUACGUGCUUCAGAUUUCAUAGAUUCCCUGGCUAGUCAUGUCCCAGUAUAUGAAGAAGAACAGAAAGAAUAUCUUAAUUGGUUGCAAAAAUUACCACUUGCAAAGAAAAAACUAGCCCUUUACGAAAAAGAUGAAGAAGAGAAAGACGAGGAGGAGGAAGACGUUGAAGAAGAUGACUACUGA